CUAAUUAGCUUCUUUCGACUGCUUGAGUGGGAGACAAAAUUAGUGAACUAGUGGAUUGCUAUAAAACGCCACGAGGUAGGGCUAGCCGAAAAAUACCUAUGCUAAAGAGCAGCAGUUGAAGUUAAUAUUAUAUAAAAAUGCUAGCCUAGCAUUACCAUGUAAGAAAAUGAGUAUGAAUGGGAUAACACGUGCAACAGAGCGUCUUGCAUGAUAAGGCGCCGAGGGUAAGCAUGUUGCUUGGUGUCAGAGUAGAUGAGGAAAGAAUAAUAUAUUUGAUUUAUUAAUAAUYUUUACAGACCAAGUGGCUGCUAGUUGUAAUACUGUUUACUGGAUUUCCAUAUUGCUCAGGAGAAAACAGAGAACGUCUUAUCACGUACUAUUUUCUAARAGGAUACAGAUAUKUGGAAAUUGUGGCUACACUUCUAACAGUCCAUGGCAUAAAACUAUGUGUGAGACAGUUGAAAAGGAUAUUGUCUCGUCUCCAUCUGAAACGAAGAGUGUUUUGUGGCGACGAAUCCGAUAUUGACGAUAUUGUCAGGGCAAUUGAACGAGAACUACAGGACAGUGGGGGGAGUAUCGGGUAUCGAACGAUGUGGAGACGCAUACAAGAAGAGCAUGAUUUACGUGUUAAUCAAAAARCCGUAAGGCAACUCAUGAAAGUUAUUGAUCCGAUAGGAGUUGAAACAAGGAAACGUCACAGACUAUCUAGAAGGAAGUACGUUGCACCUGGCCCUAAUUAUUUAUGGCAUGCUGACGGUUAUGACAAACUUAAACCUUUCGGGUUUGCUAUUCAUGGUGCUAUGGAUGGAUACAGCAGACGAGUUCUAUGGUUACACGUGUCCCCARCGAAUAAUGAUCCAGCGGUAAUUGCUUGGUAUUACCUGAAAUACUUGGAACAGCAUCAGCAAGCCCCAAGAAUUCUCCGAUGUGAUUUGGGCACGGAAAAUACAACAAUCGAGGUUUUACAACCAUUUUUCCGCUACGACUGCAACGAUGCAUUCGCUGGGGUGAAAAGCUUCAUGUAUGGGAAAAGCACAGCAAACCAAAGAAUAGAGGCAUGGUGGGCGUUGUUGAGAAAGUCCUGCACAGGUUGGUGGAUAAAUAUGUUUAAAGAUCUCAGGGAUAGGGGAUUGUACAAUGGUCAUGAUCCCGUACACAUUCAGUGUUUAAGGUAUUGCUUCAUGGGUGUGCUUCGGGCUGAGCUUCAAAGGACAGUUAAGGAAUGGAACUCUCAUCCGAUCAGAAGCAACAAAAAUGGAGAAUGUCCAUCCGGUAGACCAAAUGUCAUUUACUUUUCACCUGAAUUGUAUGAUUCAGAAAACUUUGGGAUAACGGUGGACGUUGAAGACGUUGAAAUUUGUUUAGACGAAUAUGCAAGUCCACCACCUCCUGACUACACUGAUGACUUUCUACAACUACUACAUCUGCUAAGGCCAUUUGCUGAGAGACCAAACACAGUUGGUGCAGCUUGCGAUCUGUAUGUCGAACUUAUUGAAGAGCUACGCCGUUUGUAAAGGGAGUAGACUUGAAAAUUAACACCGACCUUGAUCUGGAUGUCAACUACAUUUUUACUUGAAGUUUCCAAACAUUUUCGUAAUCAAGACUUUGUUAGACUUAUAGCUCGCUUUAAAUACUGAAAAAAUACAAGUUUUAUUAUGCUUUUAUGACAUCAAUUACAAUAACUGUCACAUCUUUAAUAAAAAUUUCUAUAUCAUG